UAAUUCAGCCUCUUACAAAUCUGAAAACAAUAAAGUUGUUGGGAUCUGAAAACCUGAAAGAACUCCCCAAUCUUUCAAUGGCAACAAGUCUUGAGACACUUAACCUCAAUAAUUGCUCGAGUUUGGUGGAGCUAACUCUUUCCACUAUUCAGAAUCUUAAUAAACUAACGUCCUUGGAUAUGAUAGGAUGCUCAAGUCUAGAGACUCUUCCAAUAGGCAUCAACCUGAAAUCUCUGUAUCGCCUCAAUCUCAAUGGAUGCUCGCAGUUGAGAGGUUUCCCAGAUAUCUCAAACAACAUCACGUUUCUCUUUUUAAACCAGACAGCGAUCGAAGAAGUCCCUUCGCAUAUCAAUAACUUCUCUAGCCUUGAAGCCCUGGAAAUGAUGGGAUGCAAAGAGCUAAAAUGGAUCUCACCAGGACUUUUCGAACUCAAGGAUCUUGACGAGGUUUUCUUCUCAGAUUGCAAGAAAUUGGGUGAAGUAAAAUGGUCUGAGAAAGCAGAAGACACCAAGUUGUCAGUGAUCAGUUUCACCAAUUGCUUCUACAUAAAUCAAGAAAUCUUUAUUCACCAAUCAGCUUCCAACUAUAUGAUCUUACCAGGUGAAGUGCCUCCAUAUUUUACUCACCGAUCUACGGGAAACUCCCUUACCAUCCCUCUACAUCAUUCUUCUCUCUCUCAACAACCAUUCUUGGACUUCAAGGCUUGCGUCGUGGUUUCUGAUCUUGUCGUGGGAUCUGAAGCCGUCGUCAAGAAGCUUUGCUUUAUGGACAUUGAGGUACAUUGUCAUUUUAUAGACAAGCACGGGAACUACUUUGAGCCUGCUGAACGAAAAGAUCUAUCCGUCCAUCAGAAAUAUAAUCAUCAAAUAAUUUUUGAUUGUCGUUUCCCUCUAAACCUAGACUGCGAUCAAGUUCAGAUAAAAUUUCUUCUCCCUAAUGAGAGACUCAAACUUAAAAGAUGCGGUGUGCGACUUUCAGAUGACUCUACUCCAUUCUCGGCUAUUCAGAAUCAAGGCUAUGAGACUGCACUUGAUGAAGACGAGUGCACUUGAUAGGUCGAUAAUAUACUUCCCUCCGUGAGAACCGUACUUGAGAGUUUCCUACCUCAUACGGCUCGGCAGCCAACUCUUUUGUUUUGGUGUACCAGUUUUUUAACUUUAACCUACUUUGAACUUUAUAUCUAAUUGAAUUUCUAAUUGAAUGAGAUUUCUUA